AUGCGCACGGGAAUCAAGAGAGGUGUGGCUCAGCACGUACUUGCAUGCUCGAGACGACUGUCGUUGGUCGUCAUGUCGCGUUCGAGCUCCAAGACCAAGCUAAAUUCGUCUGGCUCGCGCUCCAGCCUCAAGGAAAAGGGCAAGAAGAGAGGGGCCGAGGUCGUGGAACCAGACGGAGGAGAGGUAGUAGAGGAGGUGGUGGAGCAGCUGUCGUGGAAGGUGUUAGGGAAGACAGAGACAGCCCAGCUGGCUGGGAUUGACGAUCCUCACCAGAUAGCUGGGAGGCUGGCUGCAGUGUUGGGCCUGGGCCAGUACGAAGAGAGCCUGUCAGAGGCUGCACUUGUCGACUGCUAUGUCGCCACAUACUGAUAUCCAUCUCACACUAUUAAAUGCACACUCUGAACUCACCUCACACUAUUAGUUACUGUAAUUGCACACUCUGAACACUGAAGAUAGUAGAGUUGUUUUUCUUGACUCUACUUCCAAGUUUGCCCGUGAGCAUAAGUUCACAGACGAGCAAACUACAACGCUCAUUAGAAUCACACACACCCUCAUAACCAACCUCAAAGAGCACCACUUUUCACUGGUGGACAAUAUCCAGCAGCUGAGGGACCUGCUAGCUGGAGUGGGCGUGUCUCAGAGGACAGCCGUGCAGUGUCUCACUCCAGAGGCCGCCAGACUAGUCGUAGAGUGCGUAACAACUGGUCUCUUCCAGCACUACCGCCUCUUUCAAUUCCUCUUUGACGAGCAACAGACCGAGCAACUCAUUGAACUCUCAUUGCCUGUUGAGCUGCCACCUCCAAUUUCCACCCACUGUCCCCCACCCCUGGAUGAGGCCAUUCCUCUCCAGCUGUAUGAGAUGUGUCUGGCCCCUCAGCCAGCAGCAGAGGAGCAGGAACAGCCAGCAGAGCCAGAGGAGACUGAAGUGGACCAAGUUUCUUCUGCCCUGGCUAACUUGACUCAGGAGGAAGGUGAAGCACCGAUGAAAGUGUCCUCAGAGGAGCUGAAGGCUGUCAUGGACUCUUUGACCACCGAAACACUUUCUACCUAUCAGACGGAGAUGUUUUCAAAGUUGCAAGAGAAAGAGAAGGCAUUCAUCAGCAGACUCUCAAAACUGGAGCAAUCUCUCACUUAGUUUAAAACAGCUGAAAUAACAGUGUGCAUAAUAAUACAAUGACACAACACUAAAAAAAAAGUGGUGGAUAAUAAAGUCAUUAAUUAAAGUGUACACAUGAGUCCAUCAGUUUUUGACAGUGAGUGGUCUUUUCUUGGACCCAGUGCUCCUGGAGCCCGCAGCCACGUGCCUCUUCCUGGCCGGGAGCUUGCUUGUAGCCGGGGUGGUCUUGGAGAGCGCUGCGUUCUCUUUUGAGUCUGUCAGUAUGACAGUCUUGCACGACACACUGCUGUCCACCGAAGUGGUGGUUGUCUCCAGGCUCUCUACCUCACUGGUGUCCUCCUGAGACAGAUCAAACGAUGGAGGAACCUCACUCUCACCACUCUCCUCUUCCUCCUCCUCGCUAUCACUCUCGGGGAGGGGAGGGAGGGAGACUGUGGGGUGAAAGUCUCUGAGGAGCUCAGAGUCAGGUCUAGUCCGAGCCAGGUCACGUGGAUACACAAAGUCCCUCCUCUGUGGUGUCUUACCUACAGCAGUAGCACAGAGCAAUCAAUACUUAGUCGCGGAAGUUGACACAACAGUCCACAUAUGGAAACUUGAGGGAGAAGACUUCACGAUUGAGUGGCAAACAAGAAUUUGGGCCGGCAGAGUAAACGUUCGCAGAUUGCAUGUUUCACUUGUACAAAUGCUCUCCGCUAACAAAAGUGGCUGAGAAAGCUUUUACACCAGGCUCUGAAAGAAAUGACACGAUUUGCUAGAG